GGGGAGUCCAGGGUGAGGACAGAAAGGGAAUCCUGGCCACUGAAAGCUUGCGGUGGAUAUUCAGGGGGGAUGAGGCAGAAAUGUACACAACUCUGUUGGCAGCUGAAAGGAUCAAGCAGAACCCAGGAACAGAAAGUUCAGGAGAGCUAGUGUGUCAGGACGCGCUGUGGCGGAGCGGCAGGCUCCGGGGCUCCCGGUUCCCGCAUCUCCAGUGCCAGGACAGACCUCUAGAUGGUGCAGAGAAUGGCCCGUGUGGGGGACUGUAACUGGACACCCUGGCUCCCUGUCCUGGUGGUGUCCCUGAUGUGCUUGGCCAAAGCGGAGUACUCAAACUGUGGCGAGAACGAGUAUUAUAAUCAGACCACGGGGCUGUGCCACGAUUGUCCCCAGUGCGGCCCAGGGGAGGAGCCCUACAUGUCCUGCGGCUAUGGCACCAAAGAUGAGGACUACGGAUGCGUCCCCUGCCCAGCGGAGAAGUUUUCCAAAGGAGGCUACCAGAUAUGCAGGCGUCACAAAGACUGUGAGGGCUUCUUCCGUGCCACCGUUCUGACGCCAGGGGACAUGGAAAAUGAUGCUGAGUGUGGGCCUUGCCUGCCUGGCUACUACAUGCUGGAGCACAGGCCCAGGAACAUCUACGGCAUGGUCUGCUACUCCUGCCUCCUGGCACCCCCCAACACCAAGGAAUGUAUGGGAGCCACUUCGGGAGUCUCUGCCCACUUGCGUGGCACAGCUGGCAGCAGCACCCCAUCUCCCGCUCAGCAGGCCCAGAAAGAGCUUCCAGGCCAAGGACACCUGGCCACUGCCCUGAUCAUCGCGAUGUCCACCAUCUUCAUCAUGGCCAUUGCCAUUGUCCUCAUCAUCAUGUUCUACAUCAUUAAGACCAAGUCUUCUGCCCCAGCCUGCUGCACUAGCCACCCAGGGAAGAGUGUGGAAGCCCAAGUGAGCAAAGACGAGGAGAAGAAAGAGGCCCCAGACGCUGUGGUGAUCUUCUCCGAGAAGGACGAAUUUGAGAAGCUGACAGCAACACCAGCAAAGCCCACCAAAAGUGAGAAUGACGCCUCAUCUGAGAACGAACAGCUGCUGAGCCGCAGUGUAGACAGUGACGAGGAGCCUGCCCCCGACAAGCAGGUGUCCCCAGAGCUGUGCCUGCUGUCACUGGUCCACCUGGCGAGGGAGAAGUCCGCUGCCAGCAACAAGUCAGCCGGGAUCCAGAGUCGGAGGAAGAAGAUACUGGAUGUGUAUGCGAACGUGUGCGGAGUUGUGGAAGGUCUCAGCCCCACGGAGCUGCCGUUUGACUGUCUGGAGAAGACGAGCCGAAUGCUCAGCUCCACCUACAACUCUGAGAAGGCCGUGGUGAAAACGUGGCGCCACCUUGCUGAAAGCUUUGGACUGAAGAGGGAUGAGAUUGGGGGCAUGACAGACGGCAUGCAGCUCUUUGACCGCAUUAGCACGGCAGGCUACAGCAUCCCAGAGCUGCUCACAAAACUGGUGCAAAUCGAGCGGCUGGAUGCCGUGGAGUCCUUGUGUGCAGACAUCCUGGAGUGGGCUGGGGCAGUGUCAUCCGCCUCCCAGCCACCUGUGGCUUCCUGAGGACCAACACCAUGGCUUGUCCUCCCAGGACCCACCAAAGACCUAACAAGGGCCCUGUAGCUGUGAGUGGUAUGGACAGAUCACCAGGAAUCAAGGCUAGAUUGCUAUGUGCCUGACAUUGCUCAAGGAGCUGGAGCAAAUAGGCCUGUCUUCCAGUCCGACCAGAGAGAAAGGAGUAAAGUCGGGAUGCUCUCAGCUGCCCAUCUGCACUUUUCUAGGUGGAGUGAAUGUUUCUUCACUCAUCCAGCAAACCGUUAACUCAUUCAAGAGACACUGUUGGGUACUCAAACGAACCAACCACAUAGGGAUGACAGAGGUGAAGAAUCUGGGCCCUGUUUUUAAGGAGUUUGCACUCUUAUGGGAGGCAGAAGGAAUGAAUGUUUACAAGCCACUGUGCCAGAUGACAUCACACAAGCUGAAUGAAGAGAUGCUAAGAAAAUGUGAUAGAAGUUCUGAUGGGGAGAUGGCUUCCCAUGGGGGUGGUGAAGGAGGGCAUCCUCAAGAAGACAGCAGCUCAGAGCUCAGAUGUUUUGGUAAAAUGCCUACAAAAUGCAGGCGCUCCACUCGGUGAAUUGUUUCAGAUUCAGUACAAGUCCAUUAGCCUCCCAUGUGGCCAUUAGGAUGACUCUACAAUUUUCUUGAAGUCAUCCAUAUUCCUCCAGGCCUUCCGGUCAACACUGCUUUGUGUUGCUGUGUGAUUGUCCAGUCACCUGGAUGCACAGUGGCCAGUUCUCUUGGCCGGGGAGCCCUGUGGUUUGGAUUGCAUGGAAUGGCCUUCCUCUCUCAUCCUUAGGCACACUUAACCCUUUGGGGACAGCAGUGCUCAAAGACACAGCAGUUUAAAUUAUCAUAUGUCAGGCCGUGUUUUGGCUUCAAUCAGGUAUGAGUGGGUAACUCUGCUUAGAAAGGAAAAUGAUGACGCCUCAGAACUCAGUCAUGCACAAUUUCAGAUUCCAAGUGUCUGAGAUUUGUGGAUGAGCUUUAUGGUGUGUGAGUUAGAGAUUCAGCCUUCUGAGCCGGUCAGGGACAAUGGAGCCCUGCAGUGCAGUGACGAGCCUGGCCAUGGGCCAUUUUCUUCUCCCUCCCUCAGCCUCAGUUUCUCUUCUGGAAAUGAGAGGUUAGUCAGUGAUUUUGUAAUCGGGGGAAGGAAGGUGCGGGUGAACAGAAGAAAAUUGGAGCUGCAGGAAGUGUCUGGCCCUUGAGGUGCUCCACAGAAGUGAACACAGUGUGGGACAUCAAGUAAAAUGGGAAUAAAAACAGAAAAAUUCAGAAUUGGUAUUUUCACAGUAACUGCAAUUGUUUGGCGUAACAUUUAUGGAGAUAAAUUUAGUAAACUGGCAUUGUUCUUGGUGGAUUCUCUUAAUACACCUGUAAUUGGCAAGAGCUUGGGAGCCAGGGUGGUGAUCACACCAGAGGUUAAUUUAGGGUUCCCUGCUGAGCCCCUGAUCACAGAUCUGAUGGUGAUUAUUACUAAAUUAAAAGUCUCUUACUUACAAAGUUUUUAAAAUUGCAGUUGCAUGGCUGAACAAACGUUUUGUGGGAAAAAUCAGUUAGAUCUUUAAUGCCAACAAGGAAUUUCCUGCCAGUGAAUGCAGAACGUACUGUGAGAGGAUCAUAACGAGGUCCUGAAUAUUUAAUAACGUCAUUUACUGUGUCUGUUUGCUGCUGUUUUUCAGAACCUUUUGGUAAAUCUGCAAGCUAAAUACUCCACAGCAAAGCUUAAUUAUCCUUUUAAUUCCUAUUUGAAAUCCUGUCCCCUGCUUUGUGAUAAUGAUGAUGAGAGUCUUCCCAUAAUUAGACAGUAAAUGUGACUUGUGAUGAGCAUACGCUCCAGGACGACAGAUGACAGUGUUUUUGGUGAAGGCGGGUGAUGGGGUGGUGGCUGCUCCCGGUCUGGGCCUUUGGCCUCGUCUCAUGCUGCUAGAAUCUGGAUGCCUCAGACCAUGUUCCAUUGGCUCUCAACCUGCCAUUUUAUGGAGCUGGUCCUUACGUAGGUACACAUUCCUUGUCAUUUACUUACGUGGAAACAAAUAGAAGGAUCUGAUGAUCUUUAUCCUAUAUCAUGGAAUUCAGAAUCAGUGAAACCAUAAUAAUUCUCACUGACCUAACCUGAGUCCCCACCCUGCCAUUUUUGCAUACAGAUAGUCAUUACUUUGCAAUACUUAAAAACAUUCAGAAAACACCCCAAGCUAAGUCUGUGGCCCUUAGCCAGUGAAGUCUUAAUUGUCAAUUUUUUUGUCUAAUUCUGUAUAUAUAACUUAUUA